UAUGCCGAUAGGUUGAUAUAGUUCGGGGCGAUUCUCCGCAGCGCAGCCGCUCGAGGGCGCUCCUCGUCGAGCUCCCACAACCCUAAACUCAUGGAUACCACUUAGGGGAAUUGAGGGUUUUCCGCCGGGGCUUUCCCGCUCUCACCUCACGCGGAGGGAGUGCUAAAAAAGCCCCGAUGCCUCGGCUAUGCUGCGGGAUCGUGUUCAACAUUGUCUCGUGGGCUGGUGAAAGGAAACUGGGGUUAGGGAGGCAAGCGGGGUCGACCGCGCGGUUCGCCGCCCUGUUCGACGAGUCCAUUGUCUCCCGUGGAUUGCCCGAACAUAUUCUUCCGGUUCCUGCCCUCCUUCGACCACCUUUUACGAGGGUUUCCGACGGGUGUUUACGAGGGUUUCCGAAUUCCUUUUACGAAUUGCCGGUCGCGUCCCCACGCUGCGGGAUCGUGAAUUGA